AUGGGUCGACUUUUACCACUUUUCCUCGGCGUACUCAGCACGCUUCAUGUUCUCGGAGUCUCUGCACAGGCUCCUCCCGCAUGUGUUGAAACUUGCACAAAUAACGUCCGAAACAAACCAUCGGAUUUGAAGUGCCCAGACGCAAACGCUGCACCCUGCUUUUGCGCAAACCCGACCUUUUCUGCUGCCAUUCUCGAGUGCAGCAAGUCGCAAUGCGGAGGAACUCCUGAUAACGUCUACACUUAUCUGUCAACCAAUUUCUGUGUUGGCCAGCCACUUGCCAAACCUGAUGGCACAGCUGCCCCUAGUACCGGAGCUUCGCAGACAUCCAGCCCAACCGCACAAGCCACUACUUCUAGCACAUCGGCCGCGGCAACCACGCCGGCGACUUCAUCGCCUUCUACCACCGGUACUGAAACUACGACGACCUCUGCGAGCACCCAAUCGACCGCCGCUGCUGAAACAACCGGCUCAUCUACGACGUCUUCCUCUCCAUCUUCAACCACUGAUUCAGCUGCGAAUGCUACUUCAUCUGGUGAUGCUGCCGGAGGCUCUACCUCUACUGGUCUGUCCCAAGCGGCGAUUGCUGGAAUUGGUGUCGGCAUAGGUGCCGCCGUUAUUGCCGUUGCCGGCAUUGUUAUUUGCAUGCUACUCAAGGGGCGAAAGCGUAAGCCAAAUCAGACUGGUGACAACAUGGAUAUUUCCAGGCCCCUGCCUGGAUCAGGCAGAAUGUAUCCUGAGCGCUCGCGCGCGUACAGACAUGAACGAGAUCAUUCUCUGGAGAAGUUUGGCAAUGAUCUUGAAAUCACAUCGCACCGAUAUGAAGACAUGGUACCUCGUACCCAGCCUAGAACCUUGGUGUAG